AUGGCGGCUCCACACAACGGAUCCAACAUCAACAUCACCAUCACUAACCCGUACGUGCAGCCCCCGUGGCGCGUCGCGCUCUGGUCCAUCGCCUACAGCGUGGUGCUGGCGGUGGCGGUGUUCGGGAACCUGAUCGUGAUUUGGAUCAUCCUGGCGCACAAACGCAUGAGGACGGUGACCAACUACUUUCUGCUCAACUUGGCGUUUUCGGACGCGUCCAUGGCCGCGUUCAACACUUUGAUAAACUUCAUCUACGCGGCGCACGGGGAGUGGUACUUUGGAGAGGCGUACUGCAAAUUCCACAACUUCUUUCCCGUCACGUCCGUGUUCGCCAGCAUCUACUCCAUGACCGCGAUAUCUGUGGACAGGUACAUGGCCAUCAUCCACCCUCUGAAGCCUCGUCUCUCAGCCAAAGCCACCACAGGAGUCAUCGUCUGCAUCUGGAGUCUGGCCGUGGUCCUCGCCUUCCCUCUCUGCUACUUCUCCAGAGUCCGAGCUCUGCCUCGCAGGACGCUCUGCUACGUGGCCUGGCCCCACAUGGCUGACGACCCCUUCAUGUAUCACAUCAUAGUGACAGUUCUGGUCUACCUGCUGCCUUUAGUGGUGAUGGGCAUCACUUACACCAUCGUGGGGGUGACGCUGUGGGGAGGGGAGAUCCCAGGAGACUCGUGUGAUAACUAUCAUGGUCAGCUUCGGGCUAAAAGGAAGGUGGUGAAGAUGAUGAUCAUUGUGGUGGUGACCUUUGCCCUCUGCUGGUUGCCCUAUCAUGUCUACUUCAUCGUGACGGGUCUCAACAAGCGUCUGAGCAAGUGGAAGAACAUCCAGCAGGUUUACCUGUCGGUGCUGUGGCUGGCGAUGAGCUCCACCAUGUACAACCCCAUCAUCUACUGCUGCCUCAACAGCAGGUUUCGAGCGGGCUUCAAGCGAGCGUUUCGUUGGUGCCCCUUCAUCAAGGUGUCCAGCUACGAUGAGCUGGAACUGCGCUCGACCCGGCUGCACCCGACACGCCAGAGCAGCAUGUACACGCUGUCGCGAAUGGAUACCACCAUGGUGGUUGUUUACGACCCCGCUGAAGGUGACGCCGGCCCCGGUGGUGGCUCUGGGCGGAAGCACUCUCUGUCCACGAGGAAGAGGAGCUACAUCACGUCUCGCCACACAGAGAUCAUCGGAGGGAACAGCGACAGUGGGAAAACACAAAAUGGAGGUCCUCCAGGCGCCCAACCCGAGGAGUUCUCUUGAGGAGCUUGUCCAUAGACGUGACAUUGCACACACACACACACACACACACANCACACACACACACACACACACACACACACACACACACACACACGUGCAUUUACAAAAUAUACAUAUGUACAAUCAUACAUUGUACAUACAAACAGUGCAUGUGGUUAUUGCUUAGCAUUUUAUCAAGGUUGACGUGAUUAUUUUAACAUGCAGCAAAUUAGUAUAUGGAUAUGAAGAUUAUUGAUUCAUGGUUUAUACAAUAUACACUCAUGCAUGGAUUACAGAACAGGCCCAGGGGUCUCAGGGCUUGUGGUUCUUAAAGCCUCUGUUUUAAGUGACUUUGACUAAGCUGUUUUCAGACACUCCAGAAAAUGUUCAGCAAUUGGGCCCAGACUUUCUCUGGCUAUUCCCUUUUACAUAAGAAGAAAGCAUAAAGGAGACAGAACAUGACGUAUAUAUUCUGCUGUGGAAAUCCCCCCGUUUUUGGUUUGCAGCACACAAACAGCAAAUCUUGCACUCAUGUCUUUGCAAGUUGAUAUCUUCGUCAUUUCCUACGUGUACGGCUCUUCUUUCUCUGCCUGAGAUAUUUGUGUUAUUAUUAUUAUUUUGUUUUGGUGAUGUUUUUCUUGCAUCCAUUGUAUGUUACAAAUGUCAUCAACACGCCUGCGCACUCGCUUGCUGGAAAUGUUCAAGGCAAUUUCCUGUUGUAUUCUCACAUGGGUACACUCUCUGGAGUUGUUACUUGGGGGCCGGGGAGAAACUCUGGAAAAUGUCAUUAGAAACUGAUUCAAACAAUUGCGUUGUCACAUGCAGCCCCUUUGGACAAUUCCAGGAGGAAAUCCGGUGUUUGAUGCAUGUCUGAAAGCAGCUCUACUUUCAUUAUCUUUUCAUUUUCACCCAUCAUCCUUUAAUAUUAAAAAUCUCCUUAUAUGUGCGUAACCCAUUAUCUAUUUUACCCUGUUUAAUCACCUUUCCCCGACAUUGUACAGUUGUACAGUAUGUUGAAUAUAGUCAAAUUAACUUGAAAUAAGUAAAGCCAUUUAAAUACGUAUGGAAAAUCAGAAUUGCUCCACUUUAUGUAAAUAUACUAUAAUAUAGUCUAUAGUAAUAUAAUAUUUUGUAUGAAUGAUAUCUGCAGAGAGGUGAGCAGGUCAACAAACCAGAGACGAAGACACAAUGAAUGCUAGUGACUGGGAUUAGUGUGUGUGAGGGGGUGGUGGUGUUCUGAGGUGGGAUUAGGGCUCGCUCCAUGUCUGUGCCCACAGGUCGUCUCAUUAUCUGUCCACACUCAGGAGCAGCCUUAACAACACACUCGACUUUGAACAGGGUAUUUCAGGUGCUUUCCCUUUAAGCUACAUAUUCAAGUAUUCCUCUUAUCCCAUCAGGGCUUUUUCUGUCUUAAUAAAUUCAUCAUUUAGCUUUGAUUGCAAUUAGUAUUUUAAUGUAGUCAGCGCACUUCAAUCACAAGAUUUCGUCGAUAGAUGAUGACAUUAAUUUGUUCUGCUUUGACUCUAUACAUGCUGGAAUGUAAAAGGGCAUAAUCUGAAACGACAUGUACGUCACAGCGAUUGUAAUUAUGUAAGUGCACAAUUGUUUUCAUUUCCACCUGUAAGUACUCACUCAUUAUUUCAUUCAGAGGAUGCACUCUGCGUCUGGUUCACCCUGAGAAGUUUUGCACCAUACACCAUGUUGCUGUCUGAGUUUCUCUGAAUGUAUUGAAAUAGGGUUUGGCUUUUGGUUACGUAACUGUAGGAAAGAACGUUUUUCCUGAAAAACUGGUGACGAGCCAGAGGCGAAAUCCAAUGUACAUUUGUAGCAUGAAGGAACCGGUUGCUGGAGAAUUAGAGGAUUGAAAAGCAAAUUAACCAACUAGUGGAGCAGUGUCCAUCAAUUUUGACAUUUCAUCUAAGUGAAGGAUAAAAAAUAAAGGUACCUGUGCAGUGAAAUGUUCUUAAUGUUUGUUCUAGUGUUUUGUAAUGUACUUUUAAAUACAAUACAUGAGUACACGAGUAGGACAUUGUUGGCUACUGUUGUUGGCUUUAGUUUUCAUAGUGCUGUUAAUCCUGGGUUGUAUCAGCUCCUUGUGUGACUGCACAUCCUGGGUCUUAUUUUGCACCCAGUGCAAAACUGAGCCAAGCAUAAAGAAAGUGACCUUGCUAGUUUCAGACUGACACAGUGGUAUAGUCACAUCCAUGUUGUUUCGAUAGAGAAUCACCUCUGAGCGUCCAUGAGCACGUGCUCAUUAGUUAGGUGUUGGUGACCAACCAAACUUUAGUCGGACGUCAGUGGCACAGUAUUGCAAGGGCAUUUAUUUAAUUCUCCACAUAUUAAAGAUUUAAAUAUGUGCAUACACGUGUGUACAAAAUUAAACUUCUUGCAGAGAAGGGUUUUUUCUUACCAUCAGGUUAUUGCAUAAUAGCUGUCCACCAAUGUGCAAGCAAACCUGGGAGCGAUGGCACUCUGAGUGAUUUAUUCAAGUUUUCAAAAAACACACCUAUGAUUAAAUAAAAGACAAAAUAGAACUUUUUGGAGCCACAUGCCUGGUACAGUCUGGACAUGACUGACAUACAAUGGGCUUUAGACUAUUUGGAUCCAUUGUUGAAAUUGAGGCCUAUGUGCCGAAAAAAGACCCAAGCAAUAAUGCAGCCUGUGUCCAGCUGGGUUUACAACCGUGGAAAAAAUGUGAC